AUGCCCACCCCCGAGUCCGCCGCCUUCCUGGCCAAAAAGCCCACCGUCGCCCCGACCUACGAGGGCGUCGACUUCGAGGACAACAUCGCAGUCCACAAUGCCCGCGACGCGAUCAUUCGCGAGCAGUGGGUGCGCAGUAUGAUGUCUCGUCUUGUUGGCGAGGAAUUGGGCAAGUGCUAUGCGCGCGAGGGCGUGAAUCACUUUGAGAAGUGUGGUACCUUGAGAGAAAAGUACUUCGAACUCCUGGGUGAGCGCAAGAUUAAGGGUUACCUGUUCCAGGAGAAGAACUCCUACCCCGGCAACACUGCCAAGUCCUCCUAG